UCUGUGUUUAAGUGAAGCUUGGAGUUUUGGAAAUAUUUUAAUUUAUAUAGAGUUACAGUUCAACCUUUGAUUUUAUCAGGUAUAACUGAAACUUUUCAUGUUUUAUUUAUCUUUUUUAUACUUUGCAUAUUUUUUUAAUGUUCCAUUUUUAUUUUCCUCAUAAAAGACUAAGACGAAAACAUCAGAAAUUGUAUUAAAAACUUUGUCCAAAGUCUAAUAUUUAGUCCAAUUUUGGAUAAUUUUUGUAUUUUUCUAUUUAAACAUACUUUGUAUCCCUGUUUUAUAUUUUACAAUAAAUAUAGCGUAAUAAAUUACCCUCCAUUGCAUUCAAUAGAUGAAAGUUGAUAUACUUUUUAUAUAAAAUGAAAUAUUCACAAUCUAAUAUGCUAUUUAUUUGCAAAUAAAUUAUUUUCAACUAUACCUUUCCUUUGCAAUAUAAAACGUAACGUCACACAUAAUUAUAAUAUAUGAAACACGGAUGAAACAAUGCUCAACAAACGUUAUUUUUUGAACGCUUUAUAAACUUAUUUCUAUUUAAUUUUUAAAUACUUCGACUCUUAUUGCAAGAAAAACUAUUCCAAAUUUAAACCCUGCAUAUUGUUUUAAUUUGACUAAACAUCAAUUUGCACCUUGCGGACUUGCUCUCAACCUCUGUUAAUCUAUUCCUUUUGAUCUAUGCGUAUUUUGUUGAACGGUAUUUUUAUUUUGAUCAUAUCGUAAUUUAUUCUUCCAAUUUAUCAAUUGACCAAUUAUCUGUUCAAUACAUUUUCAUUUAAUCUAUUAAAAUAAUAAAUUAUUUAUAAAAGUAAUUGCCACACAGGUCAUACAUAAUUAUAAUAUGUGAAACACGGAUGAAACAAUGCUCAGCAAAUGUUUUUUGAAUGGUUUAAAAAUUUCUUUUCAUUUUUUUUAAUACCUCGACUCUCUUAAAAGACUAUUCCAAGUUUACCCUGCAUAUGGUUUUAGUUCGACUAAUCAAUUUCCACCUUGCUGACUUGUGCUCAUCCUCUGCUAAUCUAUCCCUUUUGAUCUAAGCGUAUUUGAUUGAACGGUAUUUUUAUUUUGAUCAUAUCGUAAUUUACUCUUCCACUUUUUUCAAUUGACCAAUUAUCUGUUCAAUACAUCUUCAUUUAAUCUAUUAAAAUAAUAAAUUAUUUAUAAUUGUAAAAUAUGAAACAUGACAAAAACGUGACAAAAAAUUAAUAAACGUGACAAAAAAUAAUAAUCAUUUUCAGACUAUACUUAAAAGUCCUUUUCCAUAAAAAUAUGAUAAUACACUGAGAAAAAUGCUGUCUGAUUUUUGUACAUAUGAUAUUCUGAUUUUUGGAAUAUAAAUAAAUUAAAAACAAAUAUAAUUAUGUGAGACUUACAAUAAGUAUGUGCCAUAUUCAAAAUUGACAUCUUUAUAGCUCGAGCUUCGCAGAGAGAGCAGUCUAAUGAAUGGCCUCUAUACACUGGAGAUAUUUAUGUCCAUAUUGAAGAGUUUUUCCUACACAAAGUAGGGAAUUUGCUUCAAUAUGGACAUAAAUUGCUGUAGUGUAAGGAGUCCAUAAGGGGUAUUAUUUUGGUAGAAUUUUGAAAUUUUGAGGUUUCGGGUUUUCGUCACAAAAAGCGCGACGUUAAAACGUCACGUUGUUUGUGCGUCUGCCCGUCUGGCAGUUACCACGCCCGGAGGCCAAACGUUUGGAGAUAGAGACUUUGGAUCUUCGGGGGAUCUCCCCAAAAGUUGACUCUGGGACCAUUAACAUGCCACUCCUUUCCUUUAAAAUAAGCAAUCCCAAGCUUGAAAACAAGCAGCUUUUUGGAUACGUUUUAGAAAUUACCCAGGCGGACAUUUCGUCCUUGUACGAAAAUACCGUUUAAUCAUACCUAAUAGGUUUUGUAAGGGUAUUAUUAAUCGUUUCGAGAUAUUGUAUUACAAGGUAAUAAUUUUUACAAUGUCUAUAUCCCGUAUUAGAGGGAUCUGCUAAGUCCAUUGUAGACCGCCCAGGAGCGCCUUCCCAUGGUGUGGAUGCUUCUGCCAUGUUUCCGGAAUUGUUGGGCGAAGGCGGUGCAUUAUACAUAUUACGUCACUAUUACAUGAGAUAAUUGUUUAAAUCAGCCAUUCAAAUCUUUGCACCGGGCGGGACUCGAACUCACAACUGUGACAUAGCCAUCGCUCUUGCUUAUUGCGCUAGUGAGAUACCCUUUUGCAAGGUAGAAGAUUUAAAAGUCUCUAGAGAGCGCAUUUAUCAACCCAAUGGGGUUAUGAUUGGCUUAUUGGAAAGGUCUUGGAUUUUUUAACACGUAUGAACUAGUUUCAAACGGUUCUGAGCCUGUAAUGAACCGAUUAAGGAAAUUAUACACGGUGAUGACCUUUGUGCUUUCUUCUCCAUUAUUCUCUCAGUACGACGUUUCGGAGACACUCCUUUCAAUUGUUAGAUGUGAUUCUUACAUAUUCACGCAUAUUUUUAUGUCAAAUGAACAACCAUGCAUAACUUUAGUGCAUGUUUUUUAGCUUAGUUUUUAAAUUUUUCUAGAAAAUAAUUUUUUUUGCAGAAAUAUAGAUUUAUUGUAAAUGAAAAAUGUAAUCGGAGAAAAGGAUAAAAAAUACAGAAUCAACAAUAAAGCCUUUCUAUUACCAUAUUUAAAUAAUUAAACAAGGAUUUUUUCCCUAAUAAUUGAAACUUCCUUACUUUUCUCAAAAAUAUUUUUUUCCAAAAUCUCACGUCAAGUAUCUUGAUAAAAUUCUGCAGUACUAAUACCCAAAUAAAAUUCCAAUUAUUGAUUUAGGUGUUGCCUCUGAAACUCAUGUUAAACUACUUAAAGCUGAGCUUGGGUAGAUAAAAACCUCAUAAAAAAAAGUUAUGUCUUCCGUGCAAUUUGGCCGACUUUUAAUUGCUGUCGUUCUUUUUUUUUGUACAUCGCAUCUUAAGAUAAAUUUUAAAAUCCCGUUUAAUCGUCUUUAUUUCUCAGUCAAUGAAUGACUUAAAGUUGACCGUUAUGCCGAAAUGUGGAGUAAAUUUGGAGAGUUUGGUCAAGAUUUCAGCCCAGGUUUCUACUCAGAUCUAAAAAUGUGGCCGUCGAUGAAGGUUGUUCUCGUGAGUGCUUUCUUUUGCAUUUCCGCGAUUCAGUGCAAAUCCCAAAAUGGGGACUUAGUCGUAUGUCCGCGAUGUGGAUGUAUCUUGGGAACAGUGCUACCAGGACAUCAGAGACCCUAUGAGGCGUUUCUUGGUGUCCCCUAUGCUAAGCCUCCUGUUGGAAAACUCCGUUUCCGUAGUCCCUUACCAGUUGAACCUUGGUAUCCGACAAUUUGGAAUGGGACUUUCUCCAGGAGCACCUGCAUCCAGAAGAUUUAUGCAUCCUGGCUUACUGUAAGUACUGGUGAGGAGGACUGUCUGUACAUGAAUAUCUACCGUCCCAUGAGGAAGAAGACUCGGAAGCACCUGCCAGUGAUAGUUCUGAUCACAGGAGGAGGAUUUUCAAUUGGGACUGGAAACAAUGUGGAUUUUUCUCCGGAUUACAUUAUGAACCGGAAGGAUAUUAUUUUAGUUGUCCUCCAGCAUAGACUUGGGGUCUUUGGAUACCUUUGCUCAGGUACCACCGCAAGCCAGGGGAAUUUCGGCCUCAAGGAUCAACAGCUUGCUCUUGAGUGGAUUAGAGACAAUAUAGAAACUUUUGGCGGGAACUCUCAAUUGGUUACCCUUCUCGGUCAGGGAUCAGGCUGUGCUGCAGUGAUGAUGCACAUGAUGAAUGCCAAAUCAUCCCUCCUCUUCCAUCAAGUCAUCCUCCAGAGUGGAUCUCUGGCCCAUUGGGCACUGCUGAAGAACCCCAAGAGUCACUUCAAACGUCAAGCAAGGUAUGCAGGUAUUGUGGACUACAAAAGUCUCACCACCAAGGAAAUUGUGUCCAAACUACGGAAGGUCGAUGCUGAGAUAUUGAGGGAGAGUUCUGAUAGAUUCAAGUUCUGGCACUUUGAUCAUCUUGUGAACUACAGACCAUGCAUUGAGAAGGAGACUUGGAAAGAUCCUUUCCUCACUGUCAACCCUUACGUGGCAUGGGCCAAUGGAACAUACUAUCCCAAGCCCAUCCUGAUCACUUUCACACCCAAUGAUGGGACCUAUCGGGCACCUAUUUUAACCAAUGACACUCUUCUAGGAGAAUUCAAUGAAGGAAUGCGAGAAAUCCUACCAAAACUCUUGGAAUUUCCAUCCAAAUACGUUGAUAACGUGCUGAAUUACUACUUCGACGGGGAUACCCCUUUUAUUCAAUCAGGGAAUGAGCACAUCUUCAUCAAUGUAAGGAAUAUCUUACGUAUACUAAUUUUUAAUUAUCUUCUUGGCUUUUAUUCUCGAAAUCAGGAGAAAAUUUUUCCAUGUGAAUACUUCAGAGACUGAUUAAGUUUAAACGAAUUUAUACCAUUUCAAAACAUUUUUACAGGAAGAUUGUGAGAAAAUCAUUAUUGUAUUUCACUGUGAGAAUUUUAAGCUAUAUUUUUUUUAUUCUUAAUUUUUUUCCGUGAAUUUUUCAGUUUAAACUCUAAUAGAGAUCUCAUCGAUGAUGAGAGUUCAACAGAUUCAUCGUGAGAAUUGUCAUUUACGAAAUUUUGGUGAGAAUAAUCAAAAAGACUUCCGAAAAAGCGAUUCACUAGAGUGUGACAAACUCCGUGACAAGUCUCAUAUGAUAGAAAAGUCACUAAUUUCAAAAUGGAUAACAAAAUAACUCUUACUUUUGAUACACAAACAAAGCAAAAAAUAAAUUAGAUAAAUUUAAUUUUAAAAUUCUCACGACAUAGGAGAUCGCUUCGAAGCUUCAGUCUACGGAAGCUUCACAUCUUUCGAUCUUUUUCCUAUCUUUCGUAAUGACUUUCAUCAGGUGCUUUUCAGGAAAUGUGAAGGAAAGGAUAAAAUUACUGAUAACGGCCAAUUUCUUAAGGAAUAAGGGAAAAAUCGAGUGUACGAAAUUUCCUUCGUUCGAUGCUUCAAAACCGUUCCUUAAUUUGCAAAAAUCGAAUAAACUCAUAUGACUUUUUCACUUGAAAACUCACCCGUAACAAUAAUUCUAACAAGUACGCUUAAUUUCCUGAUAAGAAGAAAGAUAAUUGAGUAAUAAAAGAUCAAUCGAAAAACUCAUUUUGCCAUAAAUUCGUAAAAUUCGCUUGGGAAUAUUUUCCCAUGAGAAAUUUUCACAGAAACUCAAGAUUAAUACGCCUAAUUUGCCUAAUCUAUUUUUUUCUUCUGUCUUUCAGAUGAUCAGUGAUCGCUACUUUCAUCAAUCACUCUAUAACAAUGUCAAGCAAUUCCGUGAAAAUGUUUACACAGAAAAAAUUCCCAUUCACAUUUAUAAAUUCAACUUCCAGAGUGAGUUCCGGUAUACCAAGAGAACUACAAAUACUGAUCGAGAUUUCGGAGUUGGAUACCGAGAUGAUUUGCUAUUUAUGUUUCGUAUUCCAAGUCGUUUCCCUGACAUUCAAUUGGGAUCCAUUGAAGCUCGUAUGAGUGACCUUUAUGUUAGGGUAUUGGCCAAUUUUGCUGCCCAUGGUAAAAAGUUAUCUUGGAUAAGUCACAAGAAAUGUACAGCAGAAGUUAAUGGAUUUUGCAGCUAUCAAGAAUUUUCUAAAUAUUCCGAUUCCAUCAAAGAAGAAGUUCUGGUAAAGGUAUCUGAUGAAUUUCGCAUGGAUGCUGCUGAAUUUUGGAAUGAAAUCGACGAAAGAAAGUGAAACCAUGCAUAAUUAUAUUUUCCACUUGCCUUUCUGCCAUCCAGAAUAGCACUAAGACUUUGGACUUUGAGAUUUAUUUUCAUUGAUUUUUAUGCCAUGUACUCAAACCCGUUCUUCAAAAACGAAAGUAACAAUGUAACGUAUCAAUUUACUGUAGUUUUAUAGAUUUCAUAAAUAAAUAUUUCAUAGCUAUUGUUAAUUACAUAGUAGUAUCAUAUAAAUAUUUAUCAUCUAAUAGGAUUAAACAUUAUAGUUUAUGACUUAUCCAUCAACAGAUCGGAAUUCUUGUUUAAUUCUUGCCGAUAAAUACAUCUUCAGGAUUCAAGAUGAAAUGCACUAAAAAUGAUAAAUGGAUUAUUGUGUAAUAUUUAGUGGAUUAGUAGAAAAGUUGGGAAGAGUACUUUUCCGCUAUCAACUGAAAAAAUGAAUGGCGUAAGAUGUUUAUGGCUUUUCAAUGGCAAGUUAAGGCUUAUUGUUAAGAUUAUUAUCAGACAAAUAGGCAGGUAUAUUUUAUGGUUGUUGCAUAAAUUUUACAGCCAAAAAUUUUCUACGAAUAAUUAUUUACUUGCAGAAUGUUUGCGGUCAAAAAAAAAGGUUUUUCCAUUAAGUUUUUUGAUCUAUGUAUUGCGCAAUUUUUAUCAGAAUUUUAUUUUAUGACUGACAAAUCAAAAAUUAAAAAAAAAAUAUGAUCAAUUUGCGGUAAAAGUUAUACGGACAGUCAAUUUGAUUAGGAUAUUUGCGUUUAUUCGUUAUAAAAAAAUAGGUUUAAAAACAUGCCUAGCGUUGGUAUGACUAGCUAGAAAUUUAUGUAAUCGAAAAGAUUAUCCCAUUAAAAUUUGAUUCAGCUCAAUAUGACAAUUGUCAUCAGUGACAAAAAUCACGAGAGAACUCUAAAUUGCAUUCAUCUGCAUACCAAAAACAAUUUGACUAAUCUCAUCAAAACGCGAGAAAGUCAUGGAGCAGAUUUUUCAUAUUUCUGAGAAUUGUCAUUAGGACAAAUCUCAUAAGAAUAGUCACGAGCUAAGAUAAAAGUUUAGCAACAAUGUGUAAGCCUAGCAUUAGUACAACAGGUCUGAUUUUUUUAACAAAAAAAAUAUAUAAAUAAAUUUAAGGAAAUAGAAACGGAGGAAUUUGAAAGCAGAUUCAGCUCAAAAUGAGAAUUGUCAUAAGUGAGAAUAAUCGCGAAAGAUUUUGAAAAAGCAUUCAGCUGAGUACCAGAUACCUUACGACUAUUCUCAGCAAAAACGAAAAAAGUCAUGGAGUGGAUUCUGCACAUUUGUGAGAUUGUCAUAUGAAUAAAUUUCAUGACAAUAAUCACGAGAUAACACAAAAAAUUAGCAACUAUGUGAAAUGUGAUAAUUUGAUAAAUGUAAAUCGUCGUAUAUUCGAAAGCUUAAGCUAGACCUCCCAAGAAUAGUUCAAAUGUGAGAAUUCUUACAAAUUUACAGAAUAUGUAUACAAAAUUUUUAUCACUGGUGAGUUUAAUCAUGAGAUUUAUGAAAUACAGGUAAAAUAUUUAAAAAGAUGACCAAAAUUUUGUUGUCCUGAGCCCUGAGAUACUAAAAGUAUCCACUCCUUAGGGUCCAAAACACGGAGCUCCAUACUCCCGUUCACUCGAUAGAACCAAGAUUGAUUCCCUUUCUCUACGAACACCUAGUUACGGUACCCUUCUCGAGAGGGAAAUGACUAUCUUGUUUCAAAUUACGGUAGUUGUGUUGUGAUCUUAACAUAAAUACUGACUUCUACAAUUUUACAUAUAUGACAAAUCUCACAAGUGUGAAGAGUCCUUGCACAUGAUUAUUGUCCUAUAUGAGAUUAGUCAUGGGAUUUAUUAAACGCAACAGAGUGCAAUUUUGAAUUCUGACUAUUUUCUCACUGAGCUGAAGAGGAGAAUGACGGAGCUUCUUGCGUUUUUAAAUGACAUUAAACAAAGUUUUACUCAAAAUUAUGUUCUUUCUGUAGUCUUCCGUGCAUGAAAUUGCUCCAUGCUCCCCUAAAAAGUUGCUUUAAAUAUUUACCUCAACUGUCAGUCAAUGCAUUUCAAAUUAUUAUUUUAAUUAUUGCUGGUAAAGAUAAUUUAUUGAAUUAAUAAUCUUGUUAUUUUAUUUAUAGAGAAAUUAACAAAGCGUAAGAUUGGUGUGACAACGUUGACUAUUAUUUGUGUUUGAACUUCACUUUCCAAAUUAGAAGUAAUUAGUAAAAAAAAUACCUACUAUGCCAUUAUCUUGUUGACUUUCUAUAUAUCUAGCCGAACUUACUGAAUUUUUGUUAAGUUUGUGGAAAUUAAUUAUUUACUCAAAGAAUUUCAAUGAAAUCUUCAAAAUUCCCCUUUGCUUCUUGACGUCAUAAUUGUUAAACGUAACUAAGAACGUAUAGGGUGAAAGGAACGUCUGUUCGACAGGGAACCCCUAUUGACACUCUCAUCAAAACAUUGAAAUUUAUUUAAUAUAAAUUGUUUAUAUCUAGUGAAAUUCAUGUAAUCUGACCUGCUUUCCUUUAACCUACCCUUUUCUAGAACUGUUCUGCGAAUUUAAGAAGGUUUUAAAAAGGUUUAAGCCAUUUCAA